AUGCGGUAUCAGCCUAAUUGUAACAACCGUCAAAUUCAGAUCAAAGGUGGUCGUGGUCGUGUUCCGCCUCUGCUCAAGGACGAUACAGUUUCUCAUCCACCACCUCACUCAUCUUCCUUCCCUCUCACGAUUGCCCUAAACUACACACACAAUCCAGCACAUGUGCAUAUCCUUCAUGAAUCUCGAUUGUACAAUUCAAUCUCUGCCAAAAUCCACAGCUGUAAAAGAGAUGUAGAGAAGCUUCAUAAUAUCUCAUUCCUAUUUGAAGGCCCCACUCAUUCUCCAUCACCUGCCCAUGCCUCUUACUUCCGUGUCUUCUCCAAUAAACAGAGAAGAGAUUCAACAGCUAUUAGAGUUGUUUUCCCCAUCUCAAACCCAGUUCCUUCUACCUUCUCUUUCUCCAAUGGCAAACCAACCCAAAAGCUCCCUGAUCACCACCGAUUCCAGUUGAAGCAAACCCCUGACCAUAAACAGGCCUGUAGGCGCAGCUUACCAGAGAAAAAGAAGCAGCGACUACUUCCAUUUUUCCCUCCUGCCUUCAUUUGUUCGACUAUCAAACAACAUCCACUCAUCUUUUCCUUGCUCCUCCAUCGAUCUCAGGUCGACUCCAAGAUUCCUGUUCCAAAUCCCGCUUAGAACAGGAGCUUCCCGACACUUCCACCUCUCAAAACCCAAAACCAAAGAAAGUAAGGCAAGAAAUCCACGCGAGGAGUAUGGAAUAAUCGUCUUUUGUUUUUGUUAUAUGUCC